AAGGUGAGUCCAAAAGUCAUCUCUUAACUAUUAAAGUAGAGCUGUUUUUUGCAUGCAUUAGUGAAUAAUUUAUAAGUAAUAAAUUUUGACAAAGUUUUGUUUGUUUUGGGUCAGAUUCACAAUGGAGCUUGGAGGAAAAUGUAAUGCAAUUACUUCUACAACAAUGAUCUCAACAGAAGUAAAGCCACAUACCAAACCGUACCCGGAUCCGGAAGAAGCCAAACCGGAAUCAGAUCCAUCCAUGGCUUUAUUCCCGAUCAAGAAAGAAAACCAAAAACCGAAGACACGUGUCGACCAAGCAGCUAAGUACCGGGAAUGCCAGAAGAACCACGCGGCCUCUACCGGAGGACACGUGGUGGACGGAUGCUGUGAGUUCAUGGCCGGCGGAGAAGAAGGUACGCUCGAUGCUCUAAAAUGCGCCGCCUGUAACUGUCACCGGAGUUUCCACCGGAAAGAAGUGUACGGACACAGGAGCAGUAAACAAGAUCAGCUGAUAAUAACUCCGGCGUUUUACAGCAGUAACAGCUCGUACAAGGCGAUGCAGACACGUGGAAUGCAUCCAACGGGUGAGAUUGGACGGAGGACAUCUUCGUCAAGCGAGGAUAUGAAAAAGAUUCUGAGUCAUCGUAACCAAAACGUUGAUGGGAAAGGUUUGAUGAUGAUGAUGAUGAGGAAGAAGAAGAGAGUGAGGACAAAGAUCAAUGAAGAACAAAAAGAGAAGAUGAAGGAAUUUGCAGAGAGAUUAGGGUGGAGGAUGCAGAAGAAAGAUGAAGAAGAGAUUGAUAAGUUUUGUAGGAUGGUGAAUCUAAGGAGACAGGUUUUUAAGGUUUGGAUGCAUAAUAACAAGCAAGCAAUGAAGAGAAACAGUAACAUUAGUGAAUAGUGAUGAUAUGCAAAAGUGAAAUAAAUUUUACAAUCCUGU